GUCACUGCUAGGAUAUAGCGGUAAUGUGUCGCUCUACGGCCCUUAGCCUCCGAUUGGGGCGGCGGCUAGGCUUACAAAUUCCAGUGUCAGCGCUCCAGAUUCUCCACGGCCAUGGCAGCGGCGGCUUCGUCCCUCCUCUUCGACUGCAAGCUCGCGUGUGGAUCGCCGCGGCAGCACCAGCGGCGCCAUGGAUCUAGGGUGAGGCGCGGUGUGGUGUGCUGCAACAAGGAUGGAUUUUCGCCGGCUCCGUCGAGAAUCGUGCCCAGGGCGGUGGCGGAGGACGCCGUCGAUGAGAUUACGGCGGCGCCGGCGCUGGAUGCUGGUAGAUUGGUGCCCAGGGUGGAGCAAAUCGAUAACUACUGGGUGCUCAAGCCCGAGUUUCGCAAGGGGAUCAAUCCGGCCGAGAAGAUCAAGAUCGAGAAGGAGCCGAUGAAAUUGUUCAUGGAGAAUGGGAUCGAGGAGCUCGCAAAGAAGCCCUUUGACGAAAUCGAUGCAGACAAAGAGUCCAAAGAAGAUGUGGACGCUCGCCUCAAAUGGCUCGGUCUCUUCCAUCGCCGCAAACACCAAUACGGGACUUUCAUGAUGCGGCUCAAGCUCCCCAAUGGAUCGUCCACUUCGUCCCAAGUCCGCUACCUCGCCAGCGUCAUUGAGAAGUAUGGAGAGAAAGGCUGCGCGGACGUGACGACGAGGCAAAACUGGCAGAUCCGCGGGGUCGUUCUCAGCGAUGUUCCACAGAUCCUCGAGGGGCUGGAGGAGGUGGGACUGUCGAGCCUCCAGAGCGGGAUGGACAACGUGAGAAAUCCCGUUGGGAACCCUCUGGCGGGGAUUGAUCCUCACGAGAUUGUCGACACCCGGCCAUACACCAAAACGCUCUCGGAUUUCAUCAUCUCAAACGGUCGCGGCAAUCCCAGCAUCACAAACUUGCCCCGGAAGUGGAACGUUUGCGUGGUGGGCAGCCACGAUCUCUACGAGCACCCUCACAUCAACGACCUGGCAUACAUUCCCGCGAUCAAGGACGGGCGAUUCGGAUUCAAUAUCCUGGUGGGCGGAUUCUUCAGCCCCAAGCGCUGCGCUGAGGCGCUUCCACUCGAUGCCUGGGUGCCCGGAGACGAGGUGAUCCCGGUUUGCCAGUCGAUCCUGGAGACGUUCCGUGACCUCGGGUUCCGAGGGAAUCGUCAGAAGUGCCGGAUGAUGUGGCUCAUCGACGAACUGGGAAUCGAGGGCUUUCGAUCGGAGGUAGAGAAGCGAAUGCGAGAGCCUCUGGCCCGCGCGGCCGAGACCGAUCUCCUGAAUCCGUCAUGGCAGCGACGAGACUUGUUUGGCGUCCAUCGCCAGAAGCAAGACGGGUUGAACUUCGUGGGGCUCCACGUACCAGUCGGGCGAGUCCAGGCCGCGGAGAUGAUCGAGCUCGCGCGGCUGGCGGACGAGUAUGGCAGCGGUGAGAUCCGGCUCACGGUUGAGCAAAACAUCAUCAUCCCAAACGUUCCCUCGAGCAAAGUGGAUUCUUUCCUCCGCGAGCCGCUACUGGCUCGAUUCUCCCCAACGCCGGGAAUCCUCCAGGCCAAUCUCGUGGCGUGUACGGGCAGCCAGUUUUGUGGCCAGGCCAUCAUCGAGACAAAGGCCAGGGCCCAAAAGCUGACGGAGGAGCUGGAGAGGACCAUGGAGGUGCCGCGGCCCGUACGGAUGCACUGGACGGGGUGCCCUAAUUCGUGUGGGCAAAUCCAGGUGGCGGACAUUGGCUUCAUGGGGUGUAUGACCCGAGAUGCCAACAAAAAGGUGGUGGAGGGCGUCCAUAUCUACGUCGGAGGUAGGGUUGGGGCGGAUUCUCAUUUGGGCGAUCUCGUGGUGGCGGAUGUGCCGUGUGAUGGCUUGUUGCCCGUGGUCCAAGACCUCUUGAUCGAGCGCUUUGGCGCGAGAAAGAAGUAGAAAGUUUUGAUAUUUUAAAAUUUCAAAGGCGCGAAUAGAAUCUAAAUUUUAAAAAACAAAAGUUA